AUGUCGUCAGUUCAAACAAUUCUUCUUUCUUUAAUCUUCGCUAUUUUGGUUAUUUUUGCAAGUGCACAACAACAACAACAACAAGCUCAACAACAAAAUAAUUUGGUUGCAGAUGAUGAUAUUCUUACUGUGAGAUUUCAAAGAUUCCAGUCAAAAAUUAAAUAAAAAUUUUCAGCAAGAAGCAAGUAUCGAUGGUGAAUAUACUUUCCCAUUAGUUCAUCUUCGCGGUUUACGGUAUGGUCAAGAUUACUGUAUCUUUUGAAAUCCAAUUUUUUUCUAAAUUCUAGCUCAUCAUCAAAUGGCAAGCCAACAUUCAUCCGAUUCGGAAAACGUGCAUCUCCAUCAUUCAUCAGAUUCGGCAGAAAAUAA